GAAUGGAUUAGGUCGGCCUGUACAAUCAUAAUGAUGUUGGUGUGGUAAGGGAACUUAGCAAAACCCUUCCAAAAAACUGACACAAAUCCCAAACCGGCGCCGCGACGUCUGUUGAUCACCGGAGUAAAAUUCAACGUCGGUGUUUUCGGGAGUCACUUAAGCCAAGAGACUGGCCGCUGAGAUCUGGAAGCGUUUGUUCCGCUCGAGACGACGGACGCAUCCUGGUUUGCGACCGGAAAUUCUUAAUUUAGGGCGGAGGAGGAUUCCGGCGGCCGGCAUGGGCGAUUGCUGCCGCGAUGCCCAGCCUUUCCGCCUAUGUUCUGGUCUCCGCUUUCUUGGCUACAUCAUGAUCCUGCUCGUUUUUGCCAUCGUCGCUGUCUCCUAUUAUGCUGUCAUCGUCGUCGCCUGGGGUCCUCAGCUCUUACACGGCGGCCUCCUUUCCAUCCUGGCCUUCGUCAUCGUCUUGCUCUUCCAUUUACUGCUUGUGUUACUAUUAUGGAGUUAUUUCAUGGUAGUUUUUCAUGAUCCGGGUGCAGUGCCUGUUGGUUGGCAACCUGCUUCAAAAGGAACCUACUCGGCAUUAGAAAAUUCUGUGAUUCUGGCAGAUCACAUUGCCAUUGAUACCAGGGAAUCAGAAUUUUCAUCUACAGAGGGAUCAGGAAGAAGGCCAAGCAUACGUUACUGCAGUCAUUGUCAAAACAACAAACCUCCACGCAGCCAUCAUUGCUCUGUUUGUCAGAGAUGCGUGCUUAAGAUGGAUCAUCAUUGCGUAUGGGUUGUCAACUGUGUUGGUGCGCGCAACUAUAAAUUCUUUCUUCUAUUUCUGUUUUAUACUUUCCUUGAGACAGUCUUGGAUUCUCUUGCACUUCUUCCACAUUUUAUAAAAUUCUUUGGAGAUGCUCGUAACCAUUCUGGCUCACCUGGAAAUCUUGCUGUCACCUUUCUUUCUUUUGUGCUUAAUGUGGCCUUCGCACUGAGUCUACUUUGUUUUGUGGUUAUGCACACAUCUCUGGUAUUAAGCAAUACCACCACUAUAGAGGUUUAUGAGAAGAAGAAAGCGGUUGAGUGGAAAUACGACCUGGGGAAGAGGAAGAAUUUUGAGCAGGUUUUUGGCUCAAACAAAUUGUUUUGGUUCUUCCCAUUGUUUUCAAAGAAUGAUUUACAUGAUGUGCCUGCACUACAUGGCUUGGACUUCCCUACCCAUUCAGAUAUUGAAGUGUGAGAACUGGUAAGAUCAAACGAAUAUCUUACAUGUGGGUUGAUUUUUGAAUUCUGUACAGAUGUGUAGCAAUACUAGUGGUGUACUUAGACGUUGAAGUAGAUUUAAUUUAUUCUUCCUGGAGCUAAUAAAAUCUCUUCGAUGUUUAAUACUAUCACUUCUGUUCUUCAAUUCUUAAAACUGCCACUCAGUUUCAUAUAAGUCUUCUUAAUCAGCUCUCCAUUUCUCUUAGUUAUUAACUGUUUAUAGUUUCAUA